AACGACACCUACCUUCUUCUAACGCCUUCUCACUCUCUCCGUCUCUCACACACACGCCACACGGACUCGAUAAUCCUCUGCAUUCAUCUAUAUAAUUCGCUCACCAUUCGUAUCUCCACUCCUCCUUUGCCUAAUUUUCGGAUUUUUUCGUUGUAAUUAAGCAACCAUAGCUAAGUUUUCUGAAGUUAUGACGGAGGAGGAGCAGAAGAAGGUUGAGGCGGUACCGGAACCGGAGCCGCACACGGAAGCUGCACUGCCUGCGUCUGCGGCGGCCGAGCAUGUCGAGCCUACGAAGGACGUGGAGGAGAAAAGCGUCAUUCCGUCGCAUCACACGGAGGAAAAAACCGACGACAGCAAAGCUCUUGCAGUAGUUGAAAAACCGGAAGCUGUUGAAGAGAAGAAGAAACCAGAUGGUUCUAUAGACAGAGAUGCUGUGCUUGCGCGGGUAGCAACGGAGAAGAGGUUAUCUUUGAUAAGAGCAUGGGAAGAAAGUGAGAAAUGUAAAGCUGAAAACAAGGCUCAAAAGAAAGUAUCUGCUAUACUAGCAUGGGAGAACAGCAAGAAGGCGAAUCUAGAGGCCGAGCUUAAGAAGAUUGAGGAGCAACUGGAGGUGAAAAAAGCCAAGUACACAGAGGUUAUGAAGAACAAGGUGGCUCUUAUUCACAAACAAGCAGAAGAAAAACGAGCGGCGAUUGAAGCCAAACGGGGCGAAGAUCUUCUGAAAGCAGAGGAAUCAGCAGCAAAGUAUCGUGCAACCGGGACUGCUCCAAAGAAGCUCCUCGGCUGUUUUUGAAGCCCAGAAACCAGGUCGAUCAUCUUCCUGGCCUGAACUUCAAAAGAAAUUGAGUGUGUGUUUAAUUAUGCAGUCCAUUUUUGAAUGCUUAUUUAUUGUGGAGAUGUAUCUAUUCUGUGUUGCUGUGUGUUGUUUGAUUAUUAUGUGUAUUUGUUUGUAGACAACAUUUUGAGAUUUCCACGUAUUAAUUGACAUGGUGAAGUAUCUAAA